AUGACGUCCACGACUACCCGCAGCCUGGAUCUAUCAUCACUACUAGAUGGUCGAACAGACAGCGAUGCAUCAACUGGUGAUGCCCGCGCGAUCCGAAGGCAACUAAGGGGUUUGGAAAACAUGUACGCUGAAGUACUUCAACUCCUGGGUGUCAGGAAACCAGCCAGUUUGGCUAAACAUCCCACUUGGGAAACUAGGCUGUCCUCAAAACGUAGGUAUGGCAGCAUGUCCUCCCUGCCAUCCAGUUCAGUCAGCAGUCGUCCUCAAAGAGACAAAAGGCGUUCCUCAGAUCAUCGAAAGAAAAACGACUAUAAGGGUAUUAACAAACGCUUUCAACGUCUGGAGUCCCAUGUAGUGACCCUGGCUCGUUCUGUAGCCCAUUUGUCCAGUGAAAUGCGAACACAACACCUGGUCAUGCAGGAAAUGGACAACAUACGUGCGGAGAUUGCGGCUCUUAGACAUAUGUAUAAGUCACAGCAGUAUAUAAGAUCAGGCCACUCCCGCCAUCUUGACCCCUUUUCAUUCAGCAAUCCAGACCGAGUCAAGAGGCUUACCAAGUUUUUCGGAGAUGAACCACCUCUAAUGAGACUGUUCCUUAAAAAACUUGGAUACGAGAAAUAUGCAGCACUGCUGGAAAAAGAGAAAGUGGGUGCAGCAGAACUACCUUACGUCGGUGAGGACAAGCUGAGGGCUCUAGGCGUACCGCUGGGACCUCGUAUGAGAAUCUUAAAAGAGGCGGGCAUUCAUCAUGACAUACACUUCCCUAGAGAUGACCCCAACACCACGACAACAACUUUAGCUAUAGUUUGA